AGUUGGGCUGGGAUUAGCAAAAGCGAAUGAGUUUCAAUUUUACUGGAUUACAGAACAAAGAAAGGGGAAAGGAUAGACUGCUGCUGUUUCAAAAAAAGAAACUGAAAUAUACAAAUAAACAAACUGGCCUGUGACCGAGUGUGUUGUUGUGAUGCCUCAGAUUACGGUGUUUGAGCGGACGGCGGCAGUACAUUGUAGAUGGGAAUAGUGAGCGUUUCUGAUGGAUUAAAACGGGGAAUAAACCUAUUCCGGGAUUGACAGUAGCGACGGAGAUAUUGAAUCGUUAAUUGAGAUUAUAACCCAAUUCGACAGCGGGGAGGAGAUGAAAGCGGAGUGCUAACGUCUGCUAGCAUGGAGGCUAACGCAAAGAGGGGCUAACCACGGCAUGGCUCAGAUACGAAAGUCUGCAUGUGAAGGUGUCAGGACAAACUUCCGGGCGGACCAUGCUGGCCCGCUGGUCUCCACCAGACAGGAGAUCCUCACCAGUCUGGUGUCCGCCCUGGACUCUGUGUGCCUGGCCAUGUCCAAGCUGAACGCAGAAGUGGCGUGUGUCACCGUGCACGAGGACAGUGUGAUCGCCGUGGGCACGGAAAAGGGCAGGGUGUUCCUCAACUCUCGACGGGAAAUCCAGACAGACUUCUUCAAGUUUUGCCGCGUGCCAUGUUUGCAAAGUGCCACGCACGCGCCAGCCAACACACACAUCAAAGUCCAGGAGGGUGAUGUGAGCAAGAGUCUGGAGGGCGAGACCCUGAAGCAGAGGCCCAGCCACACGUCUCUCUCGGAACCCCAGUCCAACAUCUUUGUCCUGAUCAAGAUGGUGGAGGAAGUCUUCACCGUGCUUUACAGCGAGGCCGUUGGACAAAGCAGCCUGGUCCCGGUGCCUUACGAGUGGAUCCAGAAAGAGCCCGGCUGCGUGGUGGCCCACGGGCUGCCGGAGGGGGUCUGCCUGAAGAAGCCCUCGGAGUACGACACCAAGACCCUCAUGAAGAUCCUGGAGCAGAGCCACCGCAUCCACUUCUCCGUCAAGCGACCGUCGGCGGACUCGCCGCGGGAGUCCAGGCCCGCCGCAGACCUCAACCACAGCCCCUCCCCGGCCAAGCUGUCGCCGGGCGCCCAUGGCAACGCCGCCAAACCCCAGCCGCCCCAGGGACCCUCCACGUCCUCCAGCCCCCCCUCCUCUUCCUCUUCCUCCUCCAUCACCGCCAGCAACUCGGUGCUUUCCAGCUUCCUGUACGGCAUGCCCAUGUCCUCCAAGCCCCACCCCCUGGACAGCAACCUGGACAUCAAGCCCGUCUGUCUCCUCAACCUGGGCAAGGAACGGGCCGGCGCCAUGGCGACCGGGGGUGACAUAGGCGCAUCGGCCAGGGACGGUUAUUGCCAGGAAGAGAUGAUCGGAGUGCCCAAUGACCUAGGACAGAGCCCACCCGGUGUCCACAUCUCCAAGAGACUGCUGUUCUCCAUAGUGCAUGAGAAAUCAGAAAAGUGGGACUCGUUCAUACGGGAAACGGAGGACAUCAACACACUGAGGGAAUGCGUCCAGAUCUUGUUCAACAGCAGAUAUGCGGAGGCCCUGGGUCUGGACCACAUGGUGCCCGUGCCGUACCGAAAGAUUGCGUGCGACCCCGGGGCGGUGGAGAUCUUCGGCAUCCCGGACCAAAUCCCCUUCAAGAGACCGUGCACGUACGGCGUUCCCAAGCUGAAGCGCAUCCUGGACGAACGGCACGCCAUCCGCUUCGUGGUCAAACGAAUGUUUGAUGAAAGGAUUUUCACAGCUGCCGGCAAGAUGGCCAAGGAGGACGGGCGCCACGACCUGAGCUCCAUGUGCUCCUCGCUCGAGGACGGCCUCCCGGACAGCUUGUGUCUCCCGCACAUCCCCGCCGUCGCGUCCUCCUCCUCCUCCCUGGAGCUCAUCAGCAACCCUCAUGGCAGCAGCAGAUCAACCAGUGCCUGUGGCAGUCCCUUUGUCGAUUGUGAGGCCGGUCCUUCGGGAGAGUGCCUUCCCUUGAAGAGGAUCAAAACUGAGCCCUCUGAAGAGGACAUCAUUCAGGUGACGGUGGCAGAUGCCGGUGCCGGCAGCAGCAGCGGCGGUGGUGGUGGGGAGGAGCCCAGCGAGGUGCCCCCCGAGCCCCAGGCAGAGACCCCGGUCGCAGCCGUGUGCCCGGCCACCACUUCUCCCCCCUCUGCGCCCUUCCACCCUCACCCCCACCCUCUCUUCCAUCACCAACUCCCAGAGAACCACGCAGCUGAAGAUAUGUCCCCUAAAGCAGGCCCCUACGGCACCGGAAGACUCUCUGAAGGGAAUAUUGUGGAGGACAUUGGUGAAAUGAUUCUCCAGCUCCGGAAACAAGUUGAGAGCCUUUUCAGCAUCAAGUACGCUGAGGCGCUGGGCCUGCCCGAGCCGGCCAAGGUGCCCUACUCCAAGUUCCAGAUGUACCCGCAGGACCUGUACGUCACCGGCAUGCCAGAGGGCGUCACCUUCCGGAGGCCCAACUGCUUCGGGGCGGCCAAGCUGCGCAAGGUCCUGGCCGUCGGCAGUCAGAUCCAGUUCAUCAUCCGGAGGCCUGAACUGCUGACAGAGCUCGUUAAACAGGAGAUGCCCCCCAUUCCUCUCUGUGAUGCAGACUUGGAUAACAAGGAUGCCUUAACAUCGGAUGAUAUGAUCCCUUUAUCUAAGAGACCUGGCUACACAGAGUGCAUGGAGGGCAAGCUCUCCCGGGCCGACCUGGCCAACACGCUGCGGGAGCAGGUGCAGGACAUGUUCAACCGGAAGUACGGCGAGGCGCUGGGCAUCAAGUACCCGGUGCAAGUGCCUUACAAGCGGAUCAAGAGCAACCCGGGCUCGGUGCUCAUCGAGGGCCUCCCGCCGGGCAUCCCCUUCCGCAAGCCCUGCACCUUCGGCUCGCAAAACCUGGAGCGGAUCCUGGCCGUGGCCGACAAGAUCUGCUUCACCAUCACCAGACCUUUCCAAGGACUCAUUCCAAAACCUGCACCAAGGCGUGUCACCUUACUCAAGAAGGCCUUCGGCUCCAUAAGCGACGACGAAGACAUCAACCGCAUGGGGGAGAAAGUUAUGCUUCGAGAGCAGGUCAAGGAGCUGUUCAACAGGAAAUACGGUGAGGCUUUGGGUCUGGACCAGCCCGUGGUGGUGCCGUACAAGCUGAUCCGAGCCAGCCCGGAGUCGGUGGAGGUCAGCGGCCUGCCCGAGGGCGUCCCCUUCAGGAACCCCAACAACUACGACCUGCUCUGCCUCGAGAAGAUCCUCCAAGCCUCCGACCAAGUCAGUGUCGACAUCAAGAGCCAGCUACAGCCUUUUGCAGAAAUAUGUACCGAAGCUUGCAACACAGAGGGGACAGAGGUCUCCAUUAAUCGACGCAAACGCAAGCGGGUCCAGGAGUGCAACAGACUCCCUGAAUCAUCCAACACGGGAGUAUCGCCUAAUCAGAUUCCAGUAAUGCAAUGGCCCAUGUACAUGGUAGACUACAGCGGAGUGAAUGUGCAGGUUCCAGGGAAAGUCAAGUACUGACGGAGUUAAGCUUUCCGUGACGUCCAAGGGACGGAGAUGAAGAAACGACCCUGGUAUUUAUUGCUAUUCCACAGGGAACAUUAACACUUUGCCUGAGUGCCGCUGCUGAAAAGUUCUCUACCAAAAAAGAAAAACCCACAAAAAAAAACUACUCCCCCCCCCCACCCACCUCGUAGGAAUGAAGAACUAUGGAAUGUAUUUUGAAUCAGUCAACAGCAAGCCGGCUCACUGGAUGGCUUCAGUACUGCCGAAAAGCUAGCUAGCAAAGAGACGGCUAUCAAAUGUUUUCUACCUGAGACAAGAGGGAGAAGAAAAAGAGGAUUGAUGCGACCGUGUCAUUGGUUUUGAAAAAGCUCCAUGUAAUUUCUUACUAACAAUGCAUUUCCCCUUUGCAUUUAACUGAGUGUCCAUCCGCGUGGGUGACGUCGUGGAUCCCGUGUGGAUCCGUCUUUUGCUUUGCAACACUUUACUGACAAAAAAAAGGCAAGUCUUUGAUAACAAUCUGGUUCCACUGAUUAUGAUAUUUGUAUUUUUUAUUUAUUAUAUUUAUUAUGGAAAAAAAUUUAUGUGCAGGGAUGUAAAAUACAAGAAUACCAAGUUCUUACUGAACGGCCAAUGACACUAAACGGCAGAGGUGCUACAUAGCGUAGCGUAGGCGUUAAGAGGUGACUACCGAUCACACAGCCGGCAUUGAAGUGUCUUAACCGGGCCCACACAAGCCAUCAGGAGUUCAAGGACACAGGAUGAUAAACAUGAACAUUUCGCCUAUCAGCCUUUGUAAAACAUUUGUGGAAAGAUUAUCCAGAUGGUUGGAAUUGCAGUAGUAGCCGUGCCCACGAUAAACCUUUUGGUUUUUAAGAAAAGAAAUGUUUAAAAAAAAAAAAGAUAUAGCCGCCUCACUUUUUCAUUUUUGUUAGUAGCACAUUUACAGUAUGUAAAAAUAACUCAUGUAAGUCAAACUGAAUGUAACAUGUAAAGGAAAUGAAUGGUAUGUGUAUUUCUGCAAUUGACCGUCUCUGGACUAACAAUAUUUAAUAAUGCUGUACCUUAAUGCCAAUUAGGCCUUUUAAAUAAAAUGUGUUGCCUUGGA